GCAUAUUUAAUAGAAAACACAUUUCAGAACCAUUAUUGGAAAAAGCUUUUUUUUUUUUAAACCACAUGUAAACAAACUGCGCAAGAACUACAUUUCCCUUAACCCCUCACUCUUCUUACGUCACACGCGCGACACAGUGUCUGUGAGCUCUGUGCGACACGAGCUGGAAGCAGCAUGGCAGCUGUAGGAGAGACUAAGCAUGCAUUGGAGAUGGUCCAAGUCAAUGGGACGGAUGAGUCCUGUAUCACAUUUGUGUUACACGAGGAAGAUCACACCCUUGGGAAUGCGCUCCGCUAUAUGAUCAUGAAGAAUCCUGAAAUUGAUUUCUGUGGCUACAGCAUUACUCACCCAUCGGAAAGCAAAAUCAAUUUCCGCAUCCAGACACGAAGUGGAGUUUCAGCAGUGGAGCCAUUUAGAAGAGGACUCAACGAACUUAUUGAUGUCUGCCAACAUGUGCUCAACACAUUUGAGACUAGUGUGAGCAAUUACAAGAAACAAAAGGAAGAACGGAUGGAGUGAGGAAUUUUAUAUUUCCAAUGCAUGUAAAUAUAUUAGUAAUUUUCUGUAAUAUAUAAUUUUUUUUAAAAA